AUGCCUAUUCCAGCCGUCUAUGUAAACGGCAAGAAGACUUUCACAGUCCUCGAAAAUAACCCCGAAGUAAUGAACGCCCUCGCCCUCUCGCUGGGGCUCUCCCCAACCCUCCAAUUCCACGACGUCUACUCUCUAACGGAACCCUCACUCCUCUCCCUGAUCCCCCGCCCCGUCCACGCCCUCCUCGUCAUCAUCCCCCUCACCUCAGCCUGGCACGCCGACCGCACCAUCGAAGACGCCUCGCACACCGCCGAGCACCCGCACACCUGCAAGGGCGCCGAUGACCAAGAGCCCAUCGUCUGGUUCAAGCAGACCAUCGGCCACGCCUGCGGCAGCAUCGGCCUCCUGCACUGUCUCCUCAAUGGCGCCGCCCGGCACCACCUCGCCCCCGACUCUACCGCCGCCAGGAUUCGCGCCACGGCCCUGCCGCUGGGCAUGCGCGACCGCGCGCAGAUGCUCUACGAGGACCAGGCUUUCGAGGACGCGCACUGUGCUGUUGCGGAGCUGGGCGAUACCGUCGCACCGUCGGCCGAGGAGGGGGACCGGCUCGGACAGCACUUUGUGGCGUUUGUGAAGGCGGGCGGGCGGCUGUGGGAGUUGGAGGGAAGCAGGAUGGGGCCGCUGGAUCGGGGUCCGUUGGCUGAGGACGAGGAUGUGUUGAGUCAGCGGGGGAUCGCGUUGGGACUGGGUAGGGUCAUUGAGUUGGAGAAGAGGGAUGCCGAGAGUAAAGGGUUGGAGGGGGGUGAUUUGAGGUUUAGCUGCAUUGCGCUUGCUGGAGGGGGGGAUAGAGACGUUUUGGAUGCAGGAGGGGGAAUCGUGGGUUAG